GUGGAUCCUAUGAAAGAGGAACAUCGAAACAUUAACAAGAGGGUUCAACACUUCAAAAGGCCUCCGCUACCUUUUCUUAUUCCUCCAGUGAGAAGCCUUCAAAGUCCGGAAUGGUUGCUCGUAAAGGUUGAGCACUGGCUCGGCUUGGACUCUUUCCACUUCGAAGAAGAGGAAGAAGAAGGUAGGAGCUCCGGCCUAGAAAAAGUACCUCUAAUGGUAGGGCCUAUCGAACCGUGGCGUCUAGAGGAAUCAAUAAUAGUCUUUUCGCAGGUCUAUGCAAUGGCUCAAUUUGUCCCUCUAAAGAUGAAUUCUCCGAAGAUGGAUCGG